AAAUUAACAAUUAAUAAGCUUUUUGAUACUGUAAAAUGUUUAACAAAUAGAAUUCUUCACUAAUCGUAAUAUCUUGGGAUAUACCUUAUACUUAUUACUUUUAUUGGAUAAUUUCAAGUUUUAUAGUUCAACACACAAAAAAAAAGUCGACCUUUUUGAGUUACUUGCACAACAGUAAACUGUUUGGAGUUACAUUAUAUUCAGCAUUCUUGUUCUCUCUCUUAUUUCAAUUUUUUUUUCAUAAAUAAUUCCAUAAAAAUUUUCAUUUAACUAUAUUUGAUAGUUAUUUUUCAUUCAUUCUUCAAAUCGCUUUUUUUAUACCUUUUGAAUUCCAUAAACUAACAAAAAAAACCAGAGAUCUACAUGUUGCCUAAUACUACUACUAGAUCCAUACGCAAAAAACGAAAUAUACAGCUAAAGCUUGAAAGUUCUCCAGUUGUUUCGUCACCGAAGAAUGGUACGGAUGAUUCAAAAGAUGGAUUAGCUCAACGCCUUACAGACCUUGAGUUUGGGCUGGAAUUUAGAUUGGAUUUAAAAGCUGAAGAUUUGAAGCAUUUAAAAGAACUUGGAGCAGGCAACGGUGGUACAGUAUCGCAAGUUAUGCACAUUACCACCAAGACUUUGAUGGCAAAAAAGAUUAUUCAUAUUGACGCAAAUCCAAGUGUUCGCAAACAAAUUCUUCGAGAACUUCAAAUUCUCCAUGAUUGUAAUUCAAAAUACAUAGUAUCAUUUUAUGGUGCAUUUAUGUCUGAUGCAGACAUUUCAAUGUGUAUGGAAUAUAUGGAUGUUGGUUCACUCGACAACAUCUAUAAAAAGAAAGGACCUGUACCUUUAGAAAUUGUCGGCAAAAUCACGUUGGCAGUUUUAGAAGGCCUUAAUUAUCUCUACGAAAAUCAUAGGAUUAUUCAUAGAGAUGUUAAGCCUUCUAAUAUUCUUGUUAAUUCAAAGGGACAGAUCAAGAUCUGUGAUUUUGGUGUGUCUGGUCAACUGAUCAAUUCUAUCGCUGAUACUUUUGUAGGAACAUCAAAUUAUAUGUCGCCGGAACGUAUUCAAGGUGCUUCAUAUAGUGUUCGCUCUGAUGUUUGGUCAGUUGGUAUUACUCUGAUGGAAUUGGCAAUGGGUAGGUUUCCUUUUCCACCAGAUGGUAGUCAAUUGACUGUAUUAGAACUUUUGCAACACAUUGUAAAUGAGCCCGCUCCAAGGCUACCUACAGGAGAAUUUCCGGAAGACUUCGAUGAUUUUGUUCAGCAAUGUUUGAUCAAGGUAGUAAGUGAGCGGCCAUCACCCAAUGAAUUAUUGAAACAUUCCUAUGUUACAGCUGCAAAAGAUUCCAAAGUAGACGUUGAAGCUUGGGCAAAGGGCAUUAAGAGAUAAUAAAUAUGGUUGUUUUAAAGGUAUAAUAGUUCGUAGUUUUUUUUUGAAGUAUAUUACAUAUUUAUGCGUGUGUAUAUAUAUAUUUUUUUUCUUUGAUAAUUAAUUGCUUCACAAUGAUAUUUGAUAAAUUUAAUUUUAGUUAAAAGGAAGGAACGAAAUUUGCUGCUUUAUUUUAUAUAUAUAUAUAUAUUUAUAUAUUUUCUUUUUCUCUUAGCAUGUAUUAUGUAUAGAAGUUGAAUUAUGUUAUAUUAAGUAACUGCUAUUGCGGUCACUUAAUUUGGUAAAUAUAAUACCUUAUAUUGAUAUUAAUAGAUAAUUCUUUUUCUCUUCGGCGUAAUAAUAAUAUUUAUUCUUUGUAUGUAAACUAUUACUAGAUAUUUUAUAUAUAUAUAUAUAUGAGUGAUUAAUUUGAUUAUUUGGUAUGAAUAGUGAAAUAAUUUAAUUCAAUUCCUCCUUUUAUAAAAAGAAAACAUUGAAAUUUGUA